AUGUCCCCGCUGGAGGACAGCUUCGGCCAUACGCCAAAAGUCCACCUUCUCCCAGACAAGCCCGAGGGCUUCACUGGUAUCCAGAGUCACGAACCAGGCAGUCUCGACAUCACUAGUCCCCAGCGUAUCGUCGACGGAUGCGAUGAUUCUUCUGCCGACUGUAAGAGGAUCUUCGAAUAUAACGAAGAAGGCCCCUACAAGCAGCCAUCACUCCAUGACGUGGAACAGUUUCCAUCAUGGACCAUGAUCAUUCGCACAUCUCCCCUUGUCAGUGGCGUCUCGCCGAUACCCAUCAGCGUGUCGGGACCACAGUGUGAGAAUGGCAUUGAACAAACUGCUCCAUCACCGGGCGCCGUUGGCAAGCACGAAAACCCCAUGACACACCUCGAUCGCCUGCAACUAGAUUCUGAUGGGAGUGCUACCGCCGAGACCUUUCAGUACCAGUCUGCCCAUGAACCCCCUACCUGUGCCCAGUCUCGGGUCCCAUUCAAGGCGGAAGACAACCAAUUCUUCUAUUCGCCAGGCCAGCUCAACAAAAUGUUGAACCCAAAGAGCCUGACGGCCUUCUAUGCUCUCGGCGGAUUCCGAGGUAUUGAAAAGGGCCUCAAGACUGACUUGCGCUUUGGUCUCAGCGACAAAGAUGUCAACAUCCAGAGCCCUGUCGGCGUACAUGAAGCCUCUGGGAAAGCAAAAAGUAAUCUGGGGCAAGGCUACACCAACUCCGACGACUUGCAGUGUUGCAGGAGAGUAUUCGGGGAAACCCGACGGUUGCCGCCGGAAGAGAAACUGCCGUUGAAGUUUAUGCGGAUGGUGCCGAGCGAUAAGGCGCUGAUACCUGUCACAAUUAUUGCGGCAAUAACCUUCGGAAUCGCCCCUUACCUCUUGCAACCGUUUGCCGCGAGCACUGGAGGGACUCUGACGUUCGAAUGGGGCAAACAUGUCGCCAUCAUGGCCGCAGUGCUCAUCGUCAUGGCUAUCGGUGCCCUCGAGUGCCAGUUCCGCGAGUGGAGCCGCAAAAGGAAUGAUAGCGAGAUCAAAGUCAUCCGAUCUGGAAAGCACACACUGAUUCCAAUUUACGACAUACUUGUCGGCGACGUUCUUACAUUGGAGCCUUACGAUCUGGUCCCGGUUGACGGGAUCUUCAUCGGUGGAUACAACGUCAUAUGCGGCGAAUCCUGGGCUACCGGCAAGUCAGACUUUGUGAAGAAAAUACCGGGCAAGAUAUUGGGCAACCAUGGUGAAGACACAGGGAUGGCCUACCUCGACCCCUUCAUCAUAUCAGGAAGCAGGGUCCUCCAAGGCACUUGCACAGUCCUCGUGACGGCCGUCGGCCAACGGUCAAAUAUUAGACGGAUCAUGAUGUCUAUGAGGGAUGAUGAGAGUGCCGACACGCGUGCCUUGGCCCGGUUCAUGUUCAUGGCUAGCCAGCUAAGUAACUCCCUCUGUAUCACCCUCGCCCUCGAUACCAACCUUCUGCCUGAGAUCUCGAGAAGGAUCAACUGCUGUGUUGUCAGCUUGCUCUUUGUCCCAGUUCUCAAUCUCGUCCGUUUCUGCAUCGAUAUGUUUCAAUCUGAGACUAUCUUUGACACGGAUGCUGUUAAACCGUCAUUCUUCCUCCUACACACCAACACCAACUGUGAUACGAGCUUCAGGUUGGAGCAUUCUCUCGCCACAAAUUUCCCGGAAGGGGCCAUCACUGAUUCAGAUACAUUGUCGAUACUGGCGGACUCCAUGCGGCACGGCCCCGCUUCUAUGGGUACGGAAUGGACUGGUAUUGGCUCAAAACCAACAAAUUCGAGUCCGGCCAGGCAACAUCGAAGUCGUUCUUCUUUCAAACCAAGGCUCGCCGUAGGAAUAUUCCUCGCAUGUUAUGGUUUGCCGUUAACGGCCGCCGCUGUCAGAGUUGUUCGGGGCCUGCGCAUCGCCUCAGGGUUCACAUCCACCGUUUCAGGGGUCACCGUAAUCCCUCUUCGCACUUCAGAGGGCUUUCCAGUCUGGUCAUGGGAACUGACGUACGGUGUUUGGGCCACCGCUUUCUCGGUAUACCUCUGGCAGCAAACUCGGCGCAUCCCGCGCAACGCCAACCACCGGAGGCAACUCGUCCCUCUGGACUUUGACUUCAACAAUCUCUACAAGCUCUUUCUACCAAAUGACUCUAGGCCCCAUGGCUUCAUGGUCCAAAGCACCGUAGAGCGUCUGCCGUGGACUGUGGACUUCCACGUCGACCACGACAAGCGUGUAGUGCAGUUGCUCAACACAACGACCAAAGAUGACGAGGACCCGGGCAAGACACGCACAGCUGCCUUCCAGCGCGUCGUCGAUGCCGCCAUUGCAUCUGAAUAUUUCCCCUCAUUGAACAAGAUCCACAGCGAGCAUUUCAGAAUCAUUGGCGCGAACCACUUUGUGUCGAUUGAGCGAUUUCCAGCACCUCUGUUCGGCAUCUCGUCGCGCGGGGCACACAUGACGGCCUAUGUUAGAACGAGCGAAGGGAUGAAGAUCUGGGUACCGAGAAGAAGCGCACACCUCUUCACUUUCCCGAACCUACUUGAUACUACUGUCGCGGGCGGCGUCAAGGCCGAGGACUCACCCUUCGACUGCAUCAUCGCCGAGGCGACGGAGGAGGCGUCGCUGCCCGCGGACUUUGUCAAGGAGAAUGCUCGAGCUGUUGGAGCGGUAACGUACUGCAGCUUGAACAAGCAAAGGGGGACAUUUUUCCCGACUGUUCUCUACGUCUACGAUCUUGAGCUGCCUGAGUCGAUCGAGCCUCAGCCGGGCGAUGAUGAGGUUUCCGGGUUUGAGCUGAUGACGAUUGACCAGGUCAAGGAUGCCAUGUUGGGUGAGCAAUUCAAGCCAAAUUGCGUUCUGGUCAUGCUCGACUUUUUUAUCCGCCACAACAUCAUGAACUCUGAAAAUAAUGAUGAGUAUCUGGAGAUUGUCACUAGGAUGCGGCGACAUCUCCCGGUACCAACCAGUCCAGAACGAAGAGAUUAG